GAUUUAAAAUGUCAGGCAAAGGAAAAAAGGAUAAGGGCCCAACUGCUAUGGGCCCAGGCUCUACUAUUGCAGGAGUCAACGACGUACUGAAGAAAUUGAUUAAAAUCAAUCUGUCGAAGCAAGGGCCAAGGGUUACCCUUAACUUUGGUUCUGUGGGAUUCAAACUCCUACCUCUUGAGAUUUUCAAAAAUGAAGAGAUCAUGACCCUUACUGUUGAAUUUUUAGCACAGUUCAACAGGCUGAAGAAGCUACCAUCUGAAGUUGAAGUGCUGAAGAACCUGAGUCGCCUGGAUUUUCGCAGUAACCGAUUAACAUCUAUCCCUGCUACUUUAUUUAACUGCUUGUUUUUGGAAUAUGUUGACGUAUCAGAUAAUAUUAUUAAAAGUGUACCCAAGACUAUAAAGAAUUGCUUAUAUUUACACACUCUUACAGUAGAGAAUAACAAACUGAAAGGACUCCCAGCCACAAUUAACCAGUGUAAAGAUCUCAAACAAAUCAACUGUCGUUUAAAUCAGAUAACAAAAAUCCCCAAAACCCUGUAUGAAGUGCGUGCUAAGGUUGACCUUUCCUGGAACCGAAUGAAGGCGCUCACCAGUGCUAAAAUAAAAAAUUCUGGCCUAAGUUGGUUAAAUGCCUCACACAACAGAAUUGUUACUCUGCCGGUCAACUUGGACAGGGUGUAUACAUUAACAUACCUGGACUUGUCUUAUAAUGAAUUAGUUAGAUUGCCUCAAGAAAUGACUUUAAUGAAAUUCCUACGAGAUUUGAAUGUCAGUCAUAACCAGCUGACAAGUCUUUUUGAAGAAAUGAAUAAAUUUGUGUACUCUUUGGCCACUUUGAUAGCUAACGACAACGCCAUAACAGAAUUGCCCAACGAUCUUGGUCGGCUGAGAGUCUUACAAGAACUUGAUGUUGCCAACAAUCAGAUUGAGGAGCUCCCAGAAGAGAUCACUGACUUAAGGGACAUGCGUAUCAUUGAUUUGUCUGGGAACAAGCUACAGAACAUAGAAGUCCUGGUGAACAUCCCAACACUUGAGGAACUUAAGGUAGCCCGGAACAAGAUACAGAAGCUGCCAGAGAACAUCAGCAAACUCAAGAACCUCAUCAUCUUUGAUUUCUCCAAUAAUCGGGUGAAUACCAUCCCAGAGUCUUUGAACACUAUCGUUUCACUGAAAGAAGUUGUAGCAUCGGAAAACAUAAUUACAGAAAUUCCUGAUACAUUUGGAAAAUAUCAGCUGCUUCGUAGACUUGAAUUAGAGAAUAACAAAAUCAAACAGCUCCCUGAGGAUAUGCGACGUGUGAGGACUCUGGAAAUCCUGAACCUGGCAGGCAAUGGCUUCAUGUCCCUCCCUGAAAACUUAGAGAUCAUGGAGUUUCUUCGGGAUUUAAAUUUGUCAAGCAAUAAUUUAACUGAAGUUGUUUUUAACAAGACUUUGGAGGUGAUAAACAUAGCGAAUAACCCCUUGACCCCCUACAGCGAGACCCCAAAAUGCGCCCUUGCUCGGAUAGGAGAAAGUCACCAUGUAACAAGGGUGACCUUCUUGGAUUUGAGAAACAUCAACUUGGAUGCAUUUCCCCAAGGGAUUUGUUCCCUCAGAUUAUUGGAAGUCCUGAAGAUCUCCCAAAAUAAAAUCAAAGAAUUGCCUCAAGAGAUUGGCAAUCUAAAGAACAUGGAACAUUUUGAUGCCAGCCAUAAUGAAAUCAGUGAGAUUCCUAUCACCAUAGACACGAUGCACAAACUGAAGUACCUGGAUUUUUCUCACAAUGAAAUUGUUAAAGUCCCCAUGAAUGUGGCCAAGCUGAGCAAAAUCAACUACCUGGAUUUGUCCCACAAUGUCCUAAUGGAACUGCCAGAGUCCUUCAACCGUCUGGAUCACCUGAUCAAUCUGGACCUCAGCCACAACCAACUGAACACUUUCCCCGAGGCUAAAGUGGACGCUUUAGGCUCUGUCUUAAACCUGGACUUAUCCGUCAAUAAGUUUGAGAACUUUCCGGAGGAUCUGGCCUACCUCUGCCGGCUGAGAAAACUAAACUUCUCAGAAAAUGACCUGGCCGAACUGCCAGUUAUCGUAAACAAGAUGAAGAACCUUGAGGAGCUUGAUCUCCAUGACAACCUGAUAGAAGAGCUGCCAGACAACAUCUGUAAGAUGAAGAAACUCCUCAAGUUGGACAUCAGCGACAACAAAAUAAAAGCAUUCCCAGAGAAGUUAAAUAUUUUGCAAAAAACUUGUGAGCAGUGUGACAUCUUCACGGCUGAAGCAAUAGCUGAGUUCCCCACAACAUUUGCAUGCGAGAUCAUCAAGGACUCCCAGCUGCACUUUCAGUAG